GCGGCGGCGCGUGCGGUGCGCGCGGGGGGGCGGGCCCGGCGGCGUUAAACCCCCCCCCCCGCCCCCAGGGCCAUGGCCCGGGCGGCCUGAGCGGGGCCGGACCCAUGCGGCGCCGGUAGCGCCCGUUCCCGAGCGAGCGUAGCCGAGCGCAGCGCUAUGGCCGACGCGGCGCCCGCUGAACCGGGACCGGAGCCCCAGUGCGAACCGGAGCCUCGUUCCGAGCCCGAGGUGCGGCCGGAGCCGCAGUCUGAGCCCGAGCCGCAGCCCGAGCGCGGAGAGGCGCCGGCGGAGGACGGCGAUGCCGGGCGGCUGCCGCCCCCCGGGGCGGAGGCGGCGGCGGGCGGCGCCGAGGGGCGGCCGCCGACGGGUGGAGCGGGGCGUCCCGGCCUGGGCCCGCGGUACCGGGCCGUGGGGCGCACCGAGGAGUGGCCGGUGAAGAAGAAGCACCGUCGGCGGCCGUCGAAGAAGAAGCGGCGCUGGAAGCCGUACUCGAAGCUGAGCUGGGAGGAGAAGCAGCAGUUCGACGAGCGGCAGAGCCUCCGCGCCUCCCGGCUGCGGGCGGAGAUGUUCGCCAAGGGGCAGCCGGUGGCUCCCUACAACACCACGCAGUUCCUCAUGGAGGACCACGACCAGGAGGAGCCCGACCUGAAAACCGGGCUGUACCCGCGGCGAGCGGCCGCCAAGUCGGACGACACGAGCGAGGAGGAUUUCCUGGACGACGCGGCGGACGAGGACGGGGGCAGCGACGGGAUGGGGGGGGACGGCAGCGAGUUUCUGCAGAGGGACUUCUCGGAGACGUACGAGCGGUACCAUGUGGAGAGCCUGCAGAACAUGAGCAAGCAGGAGCUGGUGAAGGAGUACCUGGAGCUGGAGAAGUGCCUCUCGCGCAUGGAGGAGGAGAACAACCGGCUGAGGAUGGAGAGCAAAAAAGCCGGGGGGGAGGCGGCGGACCCGGCGCGGGUGCAGGCUCUGGAGCGGGAGGUGGACAGGCUGCGAGCCGAGAACCUGCGGCUGCUGCGGGAGCAGGAGCUGCCCCGGCAGGAAAAGGGCCCCUGCAAGCCGGGGGAGUGACACUGGGCAGGGGGGCGCGGGGGGGUUUUUACAGUGCUGGGUGGAACAUUCGGUCCUUGUACAGAGUCGCCGCGGACCCUUUUU